GAUGGGUACAAUGGAUGACAGCUGGAUCUGGGUUUGUACACUCUGAAAUGCCAAGCGAGGACAUUAUGAAAAAUGGAGGAAAAGUUGAAGGUUUUCAAUUAUGGGUUAACCUCCGAGCGGACGACAAGAUGAUACGACCUCGUUAUCAAGACACGCCCCCAGAAAAGAUACCAGUUAAGACCACGGCUGAUGGCAAAGUGAAGGUCAAAGUGAUAGCUGGGAAAAGUCUCGGAACCAAUGCCGAAAUUGAGACCCGGACCCCCAUAAUGUACCUUGACAUUCAUCUCAAGGAGGGAGCCAGUUUCACUCAAAGUGUCCCGAAAGAGUACAAAGGUAUACUGUACGUCUGGAGGGGAUCAGGUUAUCUUGGUGAGGGCACAGAGAAGAACGUGAAAAUGGGUCAAAUGGGAGUGAUGGGUGAAGGAGACAGUGUAACAAUGACAGCAGCAGAUGAUGAGGAGAUGCGGGUAUUGCUAAUAGCUGGGGAGCCAUUGAAUGAGAAUGUUGUUCGUUCAGGACCUUUUGUGAUGAAUACGUGGGCGGAGAUACAGCAGGCUUAUACUGACUAUCAGUCUGGGACAUUGGGGCAGAUUGAGGGGGCAGAGGAGAGAUAUGCUGCUACUGAAGCUGCUAAGAAGAGACAGAAAGAGUCAGGAAGACGACAAGGAGAUUUAUAACUGUGGUAAUAAUAAUAAUACUAUAAUCCUUUAUUAUAACAAUAUUAUGUACUCUUGAUUAUAACUAUAACUGUUUUGUUUGUCAAGUAAAUUAA